GGGUUGCGCUCUGCUUUGGUAUGCGGCAGCUGGGAAUGGAGUUGAUGGGAGCUCAGCUGGUCCUCGUCGGCCUCAUGCUGCUGCACUACCUGCCCGCCACGACGUCUGGGGAUGGCCUCAACCGGACGAUGGCGGCGGCGCCCAUGGUGCCGGCGAUCAUUGCCUUCGGGGACUCCAUCGUCGAUCCGGGCAACAACGACGUGCUCGCCACCAUCAUCAAGUGCAACUUCCCGCCUUACGGCCAGAACUUCGAGAGCGGCGCCACCGGGAGGUUCUCCAAUGGCUUCAUUCCCACGGAUCUGAUAGCUCAAAGGUUAGGUGUGAAGCAAUUACUUCCCCCGUACCUUGGCGUGGAUCUCUCACCUGAAGACAUCUUAACUGGUGUCAGCUUUGCCUCCGGCGCGACUGGCUAUGACCCCCUCACGCCCACAAUCCUGAAUGUGAUUCCGAUGAAGAAGCAACUCGACCUGUUCAGUGAGUACAGAUCGAGGUUGUACUCCAUUGCCGGCGCAGACAGAGGCGCGGAGAUCAUCUCUCAAGCCCUGUUCGUUAUUUGCGCAGGAUCUGACGACCUCGCAAACACUUAUUACAUCACCCCUUUCAGGAGGAACUAUGACGUUCCUUCCUACGUCAACUUGUUGAUCACUUCGGCUUCAGAGUUCAUCAGGCAAGUAGUAGGAAUCGGAGCGACCAGGAUUGGAUUUGUGGGUCUUCCGCCCAUCGGCUGCGUGCCGUCGCAGAGAACUCUCGCGGGAGGGAAAGAAAGGCGAUGCGUCGCGGCUCGGAACCAGGCGGCGCAGCUAUACAACUCUAGAAUUCAAAAUGUCAUCAAAGGGCUUUCGGCAGAGUUUCCUGGGGUGAGAAUUGUCUACAUCGACAUAUACGACAUCAUUCUCGAUCUUGUUCAGAGGCCUGGCCAAUAUGGAUUCACAGAGUCAACAAGAGGGUGCUGUGGAACUGGAGAACUGGAAGUCACUCUCUUGUGCAACAGCCAGACAGCAACCGCUUGCAGUAAUGUCGAUGAGUAUGUGUUCUGGGACAGCUACCACCCCACGGAAAAGGCUUACAGGGUUAUAGUGAAUGACAUUCUUACCAAUUACCUGAGAUACUUGCUCUGAGAACCAUGAUCUUGCGAAAUUAUACUGAAUAUGGCACUGCAAUUGCCUUUUAGCCAUUGGUUAGUUAUUAUUUGGGCCUUAUUAAUCUGAUUUACUGGCCAGUUAUCAAUGAAGUCGAGAGAAUGUAGUAGCUUAUGGUGUGGGACAAUCUAUGACUCUUAGUCAAUCUUACUACUACGAAGAUGGUUAUCGGAGUUAUAGGAAUAUAGUUCGAAUUAAAAGUGCAAAUCUAAAUUAGAUUUAUAUAUGUCAAGAUGGCAUGAACGGAUGAUCUUAA